AUGUACAUCGAUGUUUCAUUAUCAAAAAAUUUUUUCCACCUUGAACUUGAACGUAAACGCAGUUCGUCAGAGUCAGAUGCUUGCGUUCAGGAUGUAGAUGAUGAUAGUAAUAAUCAUUCUUCUGAAGAGCAUACAACUUCUUACUCGCCAACACAACCUAGGCAAAGGAGACGACGUCGGUCAUGUACGUAUGCCUUAGUUCAAAUGAAUUUAUCCUUCAGGUCGAAAUAUUGCCAUUGUCAAUCAGGAUUAUGGGUCCGGGCAGUAAAUGGUGAGUUGAAACUCACCUCUAUUAAAACCGUGCACAACCAUCCUUGCACAGAAGGAUAUAUUCCUGUCGAUCCAUCGAAACGACAGUUGACGUCAAGUGAACGCUUGUAUUUAAGAACGUUUCUACUGAGUAAUACACCAACUCGUAGCUUAAGGUAUCUGGUUUCUUGGGAGUUCAAUAAACAGCUUACCAAGGACGAUAUCGCCAGAAUGCGUUCACAGUUGUACCCAGGUUGUUGAACUCACAUGUAAUUAAUUGAGUUUAGACACUAAAAAUAUCAAUGACAUUUUACAGCGAGUUCAAGCAAAUACUGAAGUUAAAGUAUUCAAUGAAAAUGGGAACAUGUCUAUGAAUUGCUUCAGCCGCAGAGAGCAAAUAGCUGUUUACCACGCGUUUUGGAGGUAAUAUGUAUUGAUUCGGUUUAUCAGACCAAUAAAGUCGGGUAAGUAACGAUUAGUAAUAAAUUUAUCUGAAAGUUUUUCACUGUCCAGCUAGUGGUGAUUGAUAGUCUUGGGCAAGGGCACGCUGUUAUGUAUGCUCUUUGCAGUCAAGAACGACACGAUGUUGAAGAACUAUUGGAAUGUUUUAAAGAGAUAAUGUGCGGUACUUAUGCUACACGCACUUUCAUUAUGGAUUCGGCAGCGACCGAAAUUUCAGCUGUGCAGUCUACGCACAGUCAUUCUAACAUAAUACUUUGUUCAUUCCAUGUCCUGAGAGCAUUUUUCAGGAAGUUCCGAAAUCCUGAUGUGCGCAAAUGCUUGGAACACCUUGUGAAGACUAGACGGUCUGAUAUGUGAGCUUCGCUUUUCAUAACGCAUUAUAUUCAGAUUUACUCAGAAGUACGAACAUCUAAGGACGCAUUUCCCACGGGCGUGUGAUUACAUAAAAGAUUACUGGAUCGCCAGGAUGUCAAUGUGGAUUCUCUGUUACCGGCGACAUGUAUUAAGCCUGGGCAACCACACAAACAACCGUGUCGAAAGUGCUCACAAACAUCUAAAAGAAUGUCUCAGAAGAGGUGAUUCCCUGCUAUUGACGUUCUGGAAAUUUUGGAGUAAAACAGACACUGACCUACGUGUGCGUCCAUAUGACGCUGUAAAGGAUCUUCAACGUUUUCCAAUUCUUCAGGUAAGAAAUAUAGUUAAAUGUAUCAUUAAUUCCAGGUUCCAAUGUCAUUUCGAACUCUUCUAAAUGAGUUCACAUCUUUUGCAGCUAAAAUUGUAGCUGUAAAUUAUAAACGUGUUCGGACAAUGAGACACGAAUUUAUGGAGAAGGAGAAUACAUCCGGUGCUACGACAAGGGUAUGAUGUAUGUUGUUGAUACUUCACGUGCACGAUGUGCUUGUGAGCGUUUCAAUGACUACAUGCUGCUCUGUGGUCAUAUUUUGUAUGCACAUUCUAAAGAUCUGAUUCGUGGAGGUGUGUGUUCCUUUAUCUCUAUAAGUUUUGUAGACUUAUUUCGACAUAGCAACCGGUGGACAAGAAAAUACAUAAUGGACAUGGUUCUUCGUGCGCUGGACAACAUCUCAAUCUCUACAGGGAGUGAUCUGCUAGAGAAGUUCACUAACAACUACCACUCAAUCCAUGCUCUUAGUGAACCUUUGGCAAGUAAACUCAUCCAUUCAUGCCUCGAAGCAUCGGAAGACAUAUGCGCAUAAGUGAUGAGUUCAGUCGGUGCUAAUGAUGAAGCUACAACGUCAGAAUCCAUUGUUAAUACAGACCAUAGCUAUGCUUCUUGAUAACAAGAAGUUCUAAUAUUGUAAUCCCCUUAGUUUUACAUAAAUUCAUUUAUAUGGCCAUUGACUUAUUCUUAUAGCGUAACGGCAAGGAGUGUACUGUGCAGUCUUAUCUGGCUGUGAGACAGGGAUGUUGUUUCGCGUUCUUGUGUAAUAGUUACCAGUUUGGCGCACACGCGAUUAGUCAUACAUACCGUUUACCAAAUACUGCUACCUUAAACAUGGUGUACCAUACUAGUAGUUCGAAUUUCGACCUGUCAUGAUAGAUAAGAAUUGCCGUAAUUAAAAGACUGGUGCGUUAUAAAUGAAAACGCUUAUUAAAGUUUGAAUCUAGCACAAAUGAUCCAUUAAUAAAUAACUUCUAUUUCUUAGGAAUUGUUCCCGUUAGGUCUGUGAACACUUGCGAAGCUAGCUGGAAAUAAGAUAGACAGGAACGUUAUUUCAGUAUAAAUGUUUACCAG